AUGAUGGCAAGAACGCCAGAUAGUGCUAAUUUUAUAACAUUUCUUCAAUUUUUAUUUGUAACUAUACAAGGUGCUAUUUUUUUUAAAAUACGUUUGUUCCAACCAAAAAUACCCAUAAGGCAAUAUUUUAUUUUAAUAUCUUUAUUUUUUGUUACAAGUGUUGCAAAUAAUUAUGUGUAUGCUUUGCAUGUGCCCUCCACUCUUCAUAUGAUUAUAAGAUCUGCCUCUUCACCAGCCAGUAUGUUAGUAUCUUGGUAUGUAAAAAACCAACGACCAAGAACAAAUGCAAUGAUAGGUUCGGUCAUUUUAAGUAUUGGAGUAUCUCUAGCUAUGUAUGGUGGUGCAAGUGUGGUUGAAGACAAGGAUGGGAAGUUAAUGCACUGGUGUCUUGGGGUUGUUAUACUUUUAUCGAUGUUGAUUGUUGGAGCGUUUGUAGGUUUACAGCAGGAGAUACUAUACUCUAAAUAUGGGAAGCAUCCUGAAGAGAUGCUCUUCUACACUCAUGCACUACCAAUGCCUUUAUUCUUAGGAAUAUAUUCACAACUCUACAACAUUGUAUUUAGCCUCACAUCUAUCUGUUGGUUAAUUAUUAUUUUAAAUACUGUUUCUCAAUUCCUAUGCACACAUUCCGUCCAUGAAUUAGCAACUAAAGAAACAUCUAUGACUGUCACUUUUAUAUUAACUAUAAGAAAAUUUGUUUCUCUCCUUAUAUCAUCCAUAGUUUUUAAGAAUAAUUUAACUUUGUUCCAUGUUUUUGGGACAGUUUUUGUUGUGACUGGUACAUAUUUCUAUUUUGAUUUUUUUACUUCAAGAAAACAAAGGCCUGUGAGUUCAAAAGAUAGUACAUAUAAGUUAGAUACAAAAAGGGAU